AUCCUUCCCCCUCCACUUUUUCUUAAAGGGUCAAAUUUCAAACAAGCGUUCAUAUAACAGCAGUCAGCAUCUAGGAUUCUAGUUUCUAGAUAGUUCGCCGUUCUCUGAUUCACUCUCCUUCUUUAUCCUUCUUCAAAUACCUUUUCCGAACAGAAAUUCGUAGGAUCAAGCAAUAUGAGCCGACAUCCUACCCUAAAGUGGGCCCAGAGGGAUGAUUUGCUUUAUAUCACCAUUGAUCUACCCGAUGCUAAAGCUGUGAACCUCAAACUGGAGCCAGAAGGAAAGUUUUACUUCUCUGCAACAAGUGGAGCUGACAAUAUACCUUAUGAAAUUGACAUCAACCUUUAUGACAAUGUGAAUGUGGACGAGAGCAAGGCUAAUGUUGGGUCAAGAAAUAUUGUUUACAUUGUAAAGAAGGAAGAGAGUAAAUGGUGGAGCAGACUUUUGAAGCAAGAGGGAAGAACACCCACUUUCAUCAAAGUUGACUGGAAUAAAUGGGUGGAUGAAGAUGAACAGGAUGAGAAAGCUGGACCUGAUAUGGACUAUGAUGAUGUUAAUUUCUCGAGUCUAAAUUUGGGUGGUGGUGGAGAAGAAGAAGAAGAAGAAGAUUUUGAUGAUGAAGAUGAAGAUGAGAGUGACACAGUCACAGAAGAGGAAGAUACCCAAGAAGAAAAAGAGGAAGAAACUAUUAAUGCCAGCAGCCAAGUUGAAGCAAAAGCAAAAGCUUGAAUGAUUUGUGUUUGAAUCAUGAUGCUAUUUUGGGAUUAAAUGUUACAAGAGUUGCUUUGAAAGUGUUGUUGGAAAAGAAAAGGUAAUGAGGAAAAGGAGAGUGUUUUUUUUUCUUUUUCUUGUGUUUAUUAUUUUGGAUUAUUGUAGGACGGACUCUUUUUAUUUUAAAAAAAACUUGCAAGUUUAUGAAAAUAUAAAAUGUGGUAUAGGCGAUACUUGAUAGUGUAUAACCAUUUUUUUUCUUUAUUCUAUAGUAUAUGGUCA